AUGCAUGCAGGAUUAAUUGUAAAAAUUUCAGGAUCUGUUCUGGACAUCCUCCUCGCCGGCGUCAAGAGGCUAUGGAGUGCAUGGAAUCUCCGGGGCUGUAUUCUCUUAAGCCUCUUCCUCCAGGUAUGCCUACUUUUUUUAGCUCCCUUCAGAAAACGGGGGAGACAGAAACUGCUUCACAGCGGCGUAUGGGUGGCAUACUUGCUUUGUGACUGGGUCGCCGCCGUUGCCAUUGGACUAAUCUCCAAAGGCAAAGGCGAUGCUACUGUUAAACGGCUCAAGGAUGGGGGUGAGGGCUUCAUGGCAUUCUGGGCUUCCUUUCUUUUGAUGCAUCUCGGCGGCCCCGAUACAAUUACUUCUUUUGCUCUCGAGGAUAAUCAGUUCUGGCUUAGGCACUUGACGGGGCUGGUUGUGCAGCUUGUCAGCACGGUUUAUAUCUUCUAUCAAACGUUUACUAAAACUACUGAGCUAUGGAUUCCCACUCUCACGGUGUUUGUUGCGGGAACUAUCAAAUACGCAGAGCGGACACGUGCUCUCUAUCUUGCCAGCUUAGGUCAAUUUGGUCAUUCAGUGUUGCCAAAGCCAAACCCUGGGCCUGAUUAUGAAGAGGCCGUGACGAUUUACUCUUCAUUGCAUCUGAUCCACGUUCCACCAUCACAGGCGGAGGCGAUGCCAACUCUGGAGGUUACGCCACGUGGUCCUGAUCAGAAAUUCAAAUGUUGCAGCUGCCAAAAUAAGUUAGAAUCCAGCAUACAUUUACUACAAGAAGCACAUCGCUUCUUUAAAAGCUUCAAGGGACUUUUUGUGGGCUACCAUUUGAGCUCAAAAGACCGAGAAUUGAGCCGACAAUAUUUCCUUACCAAAAAUGCAGAAGAGGCAUUCAGGCUAAUAUCUUAUGAGCUUAAUUUCAUGUAUGAUCUUCUCCACACCAAGGUUGUCGUGGUUCGUACCGAAAUUGGGUACAUCUUCCGCUUUAUUAGCUUUUCUUCAAUCCUGGUUGCAUUAAUGGUUUUCCGUUCGAUUGAGAAGGAGUAUGGGUUGGAUAAGAAGUUCGAUAUCAAGCUUUCUUACGCCUUGCUCAUGGGGGCGUUAGGCUUCGAGGCAGCAAAUGUUGUGAUGCUUAUUUUUUCUGACUGGACCCUCGUUGCAAGGAAGAUUACAGGGUGGAGCAAAUUCAUUGCAUUUAUCAUUUUGAUGAGACGAAGGUGGUCUAGGUCUAUUUCCCAAUAUGAUUUGAUAAGCUAUUGCUUGAAAGGUCUUCCAGAAUGGUUUUCCAGUUUGGCAACUCGCGUGCGCCUCGAGGGAGUUCUAGACAAGUUUAGCAUCUCUCUCUUUUCACAUUCAGACAAGGUCAGUAAAGGUAUGGAGGAAUUCAUUUUUGAGCAGCUGAAGAUGAAAUCCUUGACUGCAAACAGUUUAAAAGCUGGCAUGGAUGCAUGUUCACAAAGAGGCGAGUGGGCUCUCAUGCAGACUUCUAGCUGUUUCCAACUAAAAUGGAGCAUCGAGGAGUAUCAAUACGCGGAAAGUCUUCUCCUGUGGCACCUGGCUACAGAACUACUCUAUCAGACCCAACAACCUGAACAAAAAGAAAAGACACCCAAAUCUUGUUUCCCAUGGCCAAAAAGAAAAGACAAGAAACCUGAAUCUUCUCCCCCAGAAAAACAAGAAAACACACCCCAAUCUUGUUGCCCAAAAAUAAAAGAAAAGAUACCCAAAUCUUGUCGUUGUUGGCCCAAAAAUAAAGAAAAGGGAGCCGCAUCUAGUAGUCAUGAUUAUAAAGAAAUAUGCAAAAAUCUUUCGGAUUAUAUGUUUUAUCUCCUUGUUAUGCAGACUGCAGUGAUGGCCCCGGUGUUGGGCAAUUGGCAAAUAGCCUUCCAGGACACUUGUGCAGAAGCCAAGAGAUUCUUCAGCCAAAAGGAAAUAAAAAAAUUGCAGCCAAGAGAAGCCUGUAAAAUAGUCUUAUGUGGGGCAGCCAAGAGAUUCUUCUGCCGGAAGAAAAUAAAAAGGUGGCAGCAACGCCAACGUGAUGCCUGUGAAGAAGUCUUAAAGGUGAAAUCGAAGUUCAGACCAGUUGCUGUGAAGGGAAGCAAAAGCAAAUCUGUAUUAUUUGAUGCAUGUAUCCUCGCAAAACAGCUCUCGGAGUUGGAUCAUUUGGAUUUGGGUAUAGACCGAUGGAUGGUAAUGAGCAGAGUUUGGGUGGAAUUGAUGUCUUAUGCUGCCAUUAAGUGUAUACCAAUUGUGCAUGCACAGCAACCUAGUAGGGGUGGAGAACUCUUGACAUUCGUUUGGCUUCUGAUGAAUCAUCUUGGCUUGGGAACACAGUUCUACGAGCAUGAACGCCAAACUCGAACCAAAAUGGUGGAUCUUAAUGAAGAUAAGGGUGGUCAAACUGAGAGAAACAAGGAGGAAAAGCAGGAAAACAAGGGGAAAAUGCCGGAAAACAAUGGGAAAAUCCCGGAAAAGCAGAAAAACAAGGGGAAUAUGCCGGAAAAGCAGAACACGGCGGCAGGACGCGGCUGCACGCCCAGAUCAACAGAGUUUUCAAAAUUAAAAAAAUGUUGUAAGUCAUGA